AUGAGCAGUCCGUCCUCACCCGGAGGACCCGGAGCGGACAAGGCAGGCGGAGGGAAGCCUGCCGCCUCCGGUGUGAGCUCCGUGUCCGGGUCGGACCCUGCCCCUCCUGCCGCCGCCGGGUCCCUGGUCCCGGCCGGACUGAGCCGGCUCCCCGCGGGGCUCGCGGCUCUGUUCGAAUGUCCCGUGUGCUCGGACUCCGUGCUGCCGCCCAUCCUGCAGUGCCAGGCCGGCCACCUGCUGUGUAACCUCUGCCGCCAGAAGCUGAGCUGCUGCCCCACCUGCCGGGGCCCGCUCACCCCGAGCAUCCGCAACCUGGCCAUGGAGAAGGUGGCCUCCACGCUGCCGUUCCCCUGCAAGUUCCUGUCGGCCGGCUGCCUGCUGUCCCUCCACCACACGGAGAAGCCCGACCACGAGGAGGUGUGCGGCUUCAGGCCGUUCACGUGUCCAUGUCCCGGGGCCACCUGCAAGUGGCUGGGCUCGCUGGAGGCCGUCAUGCCUCACCUGAUGCACGCCCACAAGUCCAUCACCACGCUGCAGGGGGAGGACAUCGUCUUCCUGGCGACAGACAUCAGUCUCCCGGGCGCCGUGGACUGGGUGAUGAUGCAGUCGUGUUUCAGUCACCACUUCAUGCUGGUCUUGGAGAAGCAGGAGAAGUACGAGGGCCAUCAGCAGUUCUUUGCCGUCGUGCUGCUGAUCGGCUCCCGCAAGCAGGCCGAGAACUUUGCCUACCGCCUGGAGCUCAACGGCAACCGCCGCCGGCUCACCUGGGAGGCCACGCCCCGCUCCAUCCACGACGGGGUGGCGGCCGCCAUCUUGAACAGUGACUGCCUGGUGUUCGACACCUCUAUCGCCCACCUGUUCGCCGACAAUGGUAACCUGGGAAUUAACGUCACCAUCUCCAUGUGCUGA